CAUCCGGUGGCUGCAGAAAGCUGCGGGAGCGUCAAAAUUGGUUUCAGAGCAGCCACAUUGAAGGGAUCUGAUGUUUCUGGAAAAUGUGGUGCACCUACAAAGUACUCGUCUUUACUCUGGUAGCAGCAUCACACCUCCCACCUGUGUACGUCCUGGAGUUUUGUCCCUCUGCUGAACCUGACUGCCACAGUCGUGAGGAUGCAGCAUCUGCCAGCCAGUCAUCAACACACAGUGUAAAGUCCAGGUGGAGUGUGAAAUCUUCAAAUGUCACGCACAACCUGGACCACUUUAAAGUAUCCUGCAAGAAGCUAAUAGACGCAUUCCCUGUGGAUGAGGUUGAUGGCAACUUUGUCCGAACUGUGAAGAACUGCAUAUUUUCUAAAUCCACUCCAACUGCACUGACAGGCCCACUGAGACUGGCAGUAGUUUCUAAGGAUGUAAUCGAGGGGAUCUUGGAUUUAGACAUAAAUGUAUCACAGUCAGAGGAUUUCCUGCUUUAUGCAAGCGGCAGCAGACUGCUACCUGGAUCUGUACCACUUGCUCACAGAUAUGGAGGUCAUCAGUUUGGUUAUUGGGCAGGUCAGCUGGGGGACGGUCGAGCACAUUUACUUGGUCAGUAUUUAAACAGGAGAGGUGAACUAUGGGAGCUGCAGCUCAAAGGCUCUGGGAAAACUCCGUAUUCAAGAUCUGGAGACGGCCGAGCCGUAAUCCGAUCGUCUGUCAGGGAGUUCCUGUGCAGCGAGGCCAUGUACUUCCUCGGCAUUCCCACCAGCAGGGCUGCCAGUCUAAUUGUAAGUGACGAGCCGGUUUUGAGGGAUCAGUUCUAUAAUGGAAAUGUGAAGAAAGAGAGAGGAGCGGUUGUGCUCCGGUUGGCCAAGUCAUGGUUUCGGAUUGGAUCAUUAGAAAUUUUGUCUGAAAGUGGAGAACUUGAUCUUCUGAGGAAUCUGCUGAACUUCAUAAUCAAAGAACAUUUUUCAUUCAUUCGUUUGGAUGACCCCGAAAAAUAUUUGGUGUUUUACUCCACAGUUGUAAACGAAACAGCACAUCUGAUCGCCCAGUGGAUGUCAGUGGGGUUUGCACAUGGUGUUUGCAACACAGACAACUUUAGUCUUCUUUCUAUAACCAUAGACUACGGACCGUUUGGCUUCAUGGAGUCAUACGAUCCCAAUUUCGUCCCCAACACGUCUGACGACGAGGGCAGAUACAGAAUAGGAGCUCAAGCUGAAGUUGGUUUGUUCAACUUGGAGAAGCUCUUGGUGGCUCUGAGUCCUGUGCUGACACAAGAACAGAAGAAACAGGCUAAACUUGUUCUAAAAGAUUACAGAAAAGUUUACCAGAUGAGGAUUCACCAGAUAUUUAAAGCAAAACUGGGCCUUGUUGGUGAAGAAGAGGACGAUAACGUCAUUAUUGCCUUCAUGCUCAAGAUGAUGGAGGACACACACUCAGACUUCACCAUGACUUUCAGGGAGCUCAGUGAAGUUUCUGCCAACCAGCUUCACAACAGGAACUUUACACAGAUGUGGGCUCUUGAAGAUCUGUCAUCACACAAACUUUUCUCUGAUUGGCUCAACAUGUACAUGCUGCGUCUCAGCAGGCAACAGAGUGACAGUGAUUUGGAUCGUCAACACAGGAUGAAACGUAUAAAUCCUAGAUAUAUUCUGAGGAACUGGAUGGCAGAGUCUGCUACAAGGAAAGCUGAGAAGAAUGAUUUUUCAGAGGUGGAGCUGCUGCUCAACAUCCUGUCUUCUCCCUUUGUUACACAAGCCACUGCAGAGAAGAUGGGCUUUGCAGCAAGACCCCCACGGUGGGCUCGCAGUUUAAAGGUCAGCUGUUCUUCAUGAGUGACAGAAAAAAGUCUGCAAAAUGAGGACAAAGAAACACCUCUAGAAUAUAUUACCAUGUUUGAUCCGAGGUCCUGGAUGUUCUUUUAUGUAACAUCACCUAAUCUGUGUGGAAGUUGGCAAGUUAGCAAGUCAGCAAGUUAUAUGUUUGAUCAAUCUGAAAUUGAGUAUUUUGAACGGUAACAUCUGUCACUAUUAACAGUGAAAAGCCAA